ACACACACACACACAUACACACACACACACUCAAACCAUACUGCACUUUUCACAACUCCCAGCUCAGCAUCACACACACUUUGGAUGCCCUUUCUUUCCUUGUUUCUUCCACGUGACUUAUUAUGGCGUUUUGAAAGUGUUUAACUUCUCUCCUCUUCUGAUAUUUUUGGAAAUAACAUCAGCAAGCAACUAGAUGAGUUGGAAAGGCUUUGACUUUAGCCUGGAGUUACAUUAUGGUUCUGGGCCAAGCUGUCAACAUGAGUUUGAUGGACAUUUCUAAGAUCUUCUCCCUGCUGCAGCCUAAGGAGGAGGAUGAGGACAACGAGCAGUGUCAGGCCCUGAACAACGCAGUGAGCAGCAACGACGUGACUCUGCUCUCCGAACUUCUGUCUCAGGAGAGUUACAGGAGGUCUAUCAAUGCUCGAAGUGGGUGGGGGGUCCCAGUAACCCCCUUGCGCACUGCCGCUGCUCUGGGACACCUGAGGUGCUUGGAGUUGUUGUUAGAGCAUGGUGCAGAGAUUGACAGCCUGGACGUGAAGGCCCAGACGCCUCUGUUCACAGCUGUCAGUGGGAAACAUCUGGACUGUGUGGUGGCCCUGCUGAAGGCCGGAGCUGAUCCCAAUGGCAGCCAGUACAACAACUGCUCCCCGCUGCUGACUGCCGCCCGGGAGGGCGACGUAGACGUGCUCCGAGAGCUGCUGCGGUUCGGAGCCGAGGUGGACGUCAGACCCAAAGUCCCAGAGUGGGCCUCCAAUGCCACAACCUGCAGAGGACCCCUUUAUAUCUCAGCUGUUUAUGGACACCUGGACUGCUUUAAACUGCUCCUUCUCCAUGGGGCCAACCCCAACUACAACUGCACAGAUGAGAAGAUGUUGGCCAGGAUAAAGCAGCCAAAGACAGUUCUGGAGGUGUGUCUCCGUUAUGGCUGCGGGGUGGAGUACAUCCAGCUUCUCAUAGACUUUGGGGCGGACGUGUAUCUGCCUACACUGAUCAUUGACAAGACUACAAAGCAGAAUGAAGCUCUGGGUCUGCUGCUCAAAGAGAGAGUUUGUCCCAAAACACUGAUGUCGCAGGCUCGUCUAGCAAUUCGAAGAUACCUCCCCCUUGCCAAUAAGGAAACUGCCGUUGACAGUUUGGACAUUCCUCUGAUCCUGAGGAACUACCUGAAGCAUGACACCUCUGAGCUGAUAUGAUGCUCACGUUAGCAUCAGAAUAUAUGGCCAGUGAUGUUUUUUUUUUGUUUUUUUUUUUACCUCAUUGCUGCACAGUCAUGACUGGAUAACUGAUUUCUAGCUUUGCCAUAUUUUCCCACAAGCAGGAUUUGAUAACAGACACACAACCAAUCUCAAUGUGUAAUAUUGUUGGUUCCUUUAGAGGUCACUGUACAGUCCCAGUGCUGGAAAUUCUUGUUUUUCUUAUUUAUACAUGAAGAUUGAAGUUUGUGACUCCACAUAGAUGUAUUUAUUCAGUAGCUUAAGUUUAAAUAGCUACACAAAGAUCAUCGAAGUGUCUUUGUAAAACACAGACAGAUGAUCAUCCUGAAGGGCUCCAUGUUGGAAAAUGUGCCAUGUCCUUGGGAAGUGUAACACCGUAGUUGACCACUAGAGACCACAGUAAUACUGCUUUUGAGUUUUUUGAAAUUUGAGGCUUCUCAUUGGCAAUUUUGAACAUGUUAAUGCCUCACUGCAUCAUAUUUAGCUCUGUCCCCUUCUCAGGUGACAUUACACAAUCAAAUAUAGUCUCACUUCAGUUAUUUUGACAUCCAGACACAACUAGAGAAACACACACACACACACACACACACACACACACACAAACAGUGUCUGCGUCGCACCAGGAUGUCUUAGAUCUUGUCUGAAAAACAGUCUUGCAUCUGUUGACUUCAAAACAUUAGGAAGCGGAGUGAUCAGGCUACACUUCAGCAUGGCCAACUGGGAGAAUAUAUUUGCAUAAGUCUCAUUACUUAUUGAUUGCAGCAUAGUUAUUUGCAGGCUACAAUUUGUGGUUGGAAGUUUGUUGAAAAUGUUCUUUUGUGACUUGUGAACACCAUCCUGAAAAUGUUAAUAUCUUGUGCUUACGUGCCCUUAAACCUUUCUUGUGCGAUACAUCCAGGAGUGAAUGUGUCAGCUGUUGGGAAUGGGACCCACAAACAGGAAAUGAUGUCACAAGACAGGAAACUCAGCACAAUGCUCUCACUCACACAUUGAAGCCUGGACACGCAGUUCUGUAGAGGUUUUAUUUUCAACAAAAGUACAGCUAUAUCAGAUAUGGAUUGAUUUUUACAGCAAAGUACAACAUAUUCCCAGUGCUUCUGAUUACAUCAAAACAUAUAAUGUACAUACAGUUGACAUCUCCACUCUCCCAUUCACAGUUUCUGGAUUGAAUAGGCAUUAUUUUUCAGGUUUUUCAUUUCUACAACAAAUAAUCAAACUCAAAGGCCAGCAAGAAAGAAAAUGACAAAUGUUUGCAUAUGGUGACAAAGGAUAUGGAUACUGUGAGUAAAGUUUUCCGUGACAGGCAAAAAUCCAGACCUCAAACUAGAUGGUAAUAUACAAUGAAUAGAUUCCAAAAGUGGGAUGUCAGUCUUCUGUUAACCUAGAUGUCAUUGAACACCACAUCAUUAUAUGGCUCAUUGAAGACUCUGUUGUGCCCUGACUAUUCUGAAACAACACAGGACUGCAUAACCAACUGCAAGGAGUUCCUACUGAAGAUGUUGCUAUGCUAAAUGUGAGUGAAGGUGGUUAGCGGCUCAUGUACACCGUGGACUAAAAGGAAUUACAUAAAUCUGAGCAACCUCUGAUGCAUCCAAUUGACAGUCGACUAACUUGGCUGUCUUGGUUUUAUGACUGAAAGAGAAAAAAAAACUUAAUCUGCACAGAAGGCUGUCCUCUCAGCUCUCAGUACAAGGUCAGAAUGAUAAUUAUAUAAGAAAAUAAAACCAAUAUAUACAUCCUUUUAACAAUGUGGCCAAAAUGGUACUAUUUUAUACUGCAUUCAAUAAAUACAAGUGAGGAAUUAAUUUGUACUAUCAAGUCAUUGUACUUCAAAGAAUUAUUUCUUAAGUAGAAACAAGAGCGUGAUAUGAAUUGCAAUGAAGUACUGUGUGUGUGUCUGUGUGUGUGCGUCUUCAGGAUUAUGUAUAUUUUUAGCUCAUCCCGAGAGGUUUCAUUUAUUCAGCUCUUCUGCUUGACUACAAAUCUAUACACAAACACCCAUGAUCAGUGCUAACUCCUAUUUGGUUCACUGUUGUCAUAGAAAAAUUAUACCCGUUUUGCCUCAGCGGUUAAUGGCAUUCCAAAAACAUAACCAGCAGUUUGGACCAUGACAGUGUAGGUUGGAGUCAAAGAAAAGAAAAAAUAAAGAUUGAAAAUAAUGUUAAAGUUUAUAGUACCCAUUAUAUCUGGGCAAAGAGAGCAUCAGUGCCUUUCAUUUCACCUAUCAACAGUUCAGUCUUUGAUUCAGCGUGAGGAAAGAUGGUCUCUACUUGACAAUAAAUAAAAACAGAAGCUACAACCUGUGAUGUAUAGUGAGCAGGAGACAGGUGGACAGAGAAAAGAACUCCCUUUAGUGAGAUGGUAUGGGUUCACAAAUGAAUGGUUCCGCGUUGUGGAAAAAUCCCAUUGGAAGUUAAAUGAAACUAAACAAUCUGUUAAGAGUUGUCUUAAGUCUCAUGCAAAAUAUUGGAUGCCACAAGCAUGCAUUUACCUGGUACUGAGGUCUACCGCACGCUAGAACUGGAACAACAUUUGUCUCCAACGCAAAAUACCAAUAUCCAAAUAUAUGAUCUGUUCUUUUUACAUUAUUUACAGUGUGUAGCUGAUAAAGGUAAAAUACAUGAUUGCUCUAUUGAUUUAUAACUCAACGUUAAUUAUAUACUUUGAAAUGUGAAACCUAACUUGACUAAUGAAAAUCUGUUUCCUACUAUAUAUUCAAAUGAAACCAUCUUUCAGCAUGUUAAAUAGAUAACAAUAAAGGAAUUCUAAGUAGUUUCUAAACAUCUGAAAUUAGAAUGAACUUCUUCUUGUGCAAUAAAAUUACCGCUAUGCAAGUGUGAUAUAGUAUAAUAAGGUGUUUUAAGUGUUUCAGUCAGAAAGCACAGUAUCUACUCAUAUGGAAAAGGCCUGACCUCUAAGUUUCUGUCCGAGUGGAUCUCAUGCACUGGGGAACGAGGAAUUCCCAGUGUGUAUGAGAGACAGAGAGAAAGAGAGAAAGAGAGAGAGAGAGAUGCAAGUCCCACACUUAAGGGAAAAUACAUGACUAAUUCAAAUCUGCCUGUGAAACUGAAUAGAUAAUCACUAGUGGAAUGCUGGAAGGCACUGUUAGAUAGCAUCUCUCUUCUCCGCAGCAGAACGGGCCAGCAAGUGUGCAUGAUUAUGUGUCUGUGUGCGUGUGUGUUUGCCUGCAUGCUUGUGUCUGUAUGUUGGUACUGGUUGGGGCGUGGAGUAGGGGAAUGGGGGCGGGACGGGGGCGGGGCAGGGGCGGGCGUAGCACGGGACCUGAGGUUAUCAUGGCCUGGGAACCAUAUCUUUUUGCUGUGCCAGACCAGGGAAUUAUCUUCCAAAACAAUCUCACAGGGAGCCAUCUCUACAGACACCAGCAGCCAACUCACCCAUUUCUCAACUUUCUUUACUGAAACAAAACAUAAAUUACACAACAUACAAAGCAAUUCUAAGGUCUUUUUAUCCAAUAGGUUAUAAGGCCUAUAAGAAGGCAAACAAAUGACAUAGAACGAUAUAUAACUCUUUCAUAUCACGUUGUAGUGAAUAGUGAAGAUAUAUAAUGAUAUAUCACAUUGCACAAGUUGUCAUACUUUAUAUGUACUGUCCAUCAGGUGAUAUAAUUCAACACAAAAUGUACUUCUGUAUCUGAUAUCUGAAAAUAUGAUCACAAACCACGGACUGAUGUGUCACUUACAUUCCAACUGUAGAAAAGAAAAAACCUUGGUAGUUUCUCCUCAGCACAUCGUCUCUUUUCUAACACCUCUGUUGAAGAAGCACGGGAUCUCGCUAACAGCAGCUUCGGGAACAUUGUUGAUUAAACAAAUCAAUCUGGUCAGGCCACAGUCCUUUGUAAAUAACUUAACAGUGCCGAGCUAACUGCCAGAACAUGGAUCAGAUCUGGAAAACAAUGUGACGGGGAGGAGUGCCAAGAUUUGAAGCUGCAGUCUUUAGAGAUGCAUGAAUCUGUCAGAGGACACCUGCAUGCUACAGAUUAAAUUCACCUUUCCGCCUCCCUAUGGUAUUGGCUCACACUUCUGCACUCUAUACUGACUCACAACCACCUGAUAUGGUUGUCCUGUUCAUUUAUAAUUUCUGCCAUUUUUGUUGACCAUUUCCCCUUGUGCUGGUUAGGGUUCUUUCUAAUUUCUCACACUGUGGCAUCGCAUGUUUGCAUCGCUCCUACUCAAAUGAGAGAAAAAGUC